GUGCGGCGAGAAGGCAGGCAGGCAGGAAGGAGGGGUGCAGCAGCAGCAGCGAGCUUGGCCGCCUGGUGCCCGGUUCGUCGGUGCUCUGCUGGGCCUUCACUGCUUCCACGAUGGAGUUUUUACUGGGGAACCCGUUCAGCACGCCAGUGGGACAGCGGAUCGAGAUUGCAACCAGCUCUAGCCUGCCAUCAGAAGACUGGUCACUAAACAUGGAGAUCUGUGAUAUGAUCAACAGCUCUGAAGAAGGACCCAAAGACGCAGUCAGAGCCAUAAAGAAAAGGAUUGUGGGGAACAAGAACUUCAAGGAGGUCAUGCUGGCUCUCACUGUGCUUGAAACCUGUGUGAAGAACUGCGGCUACAGGUUUCACAUCCUAGUCACCACAAGGGAUUUUAUCGAGGGGGUCCUGGUCCGUUCUAUCAUCCCGAGGAACAACCCUCCUCUGAUCGUACACGACAGAGUGCUAGGCAUCAUACAGGCGUGGGCUGACGCAUUCCGUAGCUCGCCCGACCUGACAGGUGUGGUGUCAGUCUAUGAAGACCUGCGCAGGAAAGGGCUUGAAUUCCCUAUGACGGAAUUGGAUGGCUAUCCACCAAUCCAAGCCCCCAAAAGGCCGACCUCGUCUCGGAACGGGCCUGCGGUUGCUACUCUCCCCGCUGCGCUGCUGUCUUCCAAACCUCCCCUAAUCCCACCCCAGACCCUUGAGCUAAAACAGACUCUAGAUGGAAGUGAUGCCUUCACUCCCAACCAGGUGGGAGCACUAAAGGCAGAGCUGGGAGUGGUGCGGACCAACCUCACAAUGAUGUCUGAUAUGAUGAGUCAGCUGGAUCCCAUCACGGUAAAAAAAGCUGCCAUGGAGUUGCUGGAGCAGUUAUACACAGUAUGUAAGGAAAUGCAGAACAGGAUAGUGAAGAUUGUCCCCAAGCUUAGUGAGGAGAAGCUGAUUGAAGAGUUACUAUCAACCAAUGACGAGAUGAACACCACCUUCUCGCGUUAUCAAAGGUUUGAAAGACAAUUAAAAAAUGGUCCAAACACAACACAACAGAGCCAUACAUAUGUAAACCUAACAGACCUCGAUAUGAGCCAAUCUGCAGCUGCAUCAGUCACCAAUGGAGGUUCGCUGAGCCAAUCAAAAGAGGACAGUUUGUCCAGUCAGAUGGCAGGGCUCAAUACAAGGGAAGGAGAUGACGUGGAUGCAGUUUUACAGAAAGGAAAUACCUCAAUUCAAAGAGGAAGUGAGUAUACAGACUUUGGGCUGGAUGGCCUUGCACAAGCUCAGGACAACUCCAUGCAAAACUCCAACGCGGAUUACAGCCCAGCCUCCUCCCACAGCUCCUCGCCAAAGUUAGACUGGAUGAUUAAAAGGGGAAUGAUUCCCGUCAAGCAGUCCAAUGUAAUGGAUGAUAUUGAGAAAUGGCUUGAGCUGGAUGAUGAGUAUGAUGACUUUGAGGACUCUGAUGGUGUCACAAGUGAAGAAUUUGAUAGGUUCUUGGCACAAAGAGCAAAAGCGGCCGAGCGACUGCCUUCAGUGCGACAGUCUUCCCAGGAAGCCAACCACUCUGAAUCCUGAGCUGCAAUUCAGCCCGCCACACUCGCAACGCUCAGAAAUUCCCUCUGUCAUCAGGAACAGAUGGACAUUUUGGUUUUAUGUAUCAAGGGCACAUUUGGAAUGGAAGAUUGCAACCCGUAUUUAGUUCUUGUGUAUCCUGUUAUUGCUUUACUGGGUUUUUAACUGAUAACGAGUGGAUGAAGGCCAGGGGAUUUUACUUGAUGUAAUUAAGUGGUGGUAAUGCAAACAUUUGCACAAUUUCUAUGGUUACUUACAUUCAUACUAUUGAAGGAAACAUGGAAUAAUGUUUCUAAAACAACGUUUGCAACAUAGAUAAUUAUAUUGCUUAGUAUGUACCCUUAUUUGUGACAUCUUAUGAUGAAUUGCAGAUAAUGCCUCUAUUAAAGUAGCAAACACUGUUAACUUAUAUGUAGGAAAAUUUCCCUUCUUUUCAUGUUAAUAUUGAUAUUGGCUGUAAAUGAGGUUUUUUUUUUUGUUUGUUUUUUUACUUCUUUAAUAUUUCAUUGUCAAGCUGUUUUAAGUUUAAAUGCACAGUGCAAUUAAAUAAUGAAGCA